AUGUACACUUAUUACCUUGGCAGGAAUGAAAGAACACCUACUUAUGAGAAUCCCUAUGAAUGUAACCAGUGUGGGGAAGCCUUUUCACAACACGGACUUCUCCACACGCAUAGAAGCUCACACCCUGGAGAGAAACCCUACAAAUGCAACCAAAGUGCUAAAGCCUUUGUACGUGGCAGUAUUCUUCGAAGCCAUGAAAGACGUCACACCGGAGAGAAAAACUACGAAUGUGUUCAGUGUGGGAAAACCUUUUCACAACCCAGUUAUCUCCACAGUCAUAAAAGAACACACACCGAAGAGAAACCUUAUGAAUGUAGUCAAUGUUGUAAAGCCUUUGCAUGUUCUGAUGUUCUCCGAAAGCAUGAAAGAACACACACCGGAGAGAAACCCUAUGAAUGUAAUCAGUGUGGGAAAGCCUUUGCAUGUUGUACUGGUCUCCGAAAUCAUAAAAGAACACACACCGGAGAAAAACCCUAUGAAUGUGUUCAGUGUGGGAAAGCUUUUGCACGUUGUAGUGAUCUCCGAAAGCAUGAAAGAAUACACACCGGAGAGAAACCCUUUGAAUGUAGUCAUUGUGGUAAAGCCUUUGCACAUCGUAGUGGUCUCCACAGUCAUGAGAGAACACACACCGGAGAGAAACCGUACAAAU